ACCUGACCUGGGGACCAGGUCAGAACACAGUAGUUCAACAUUUAAGCUAUCGUGUCUAUAACAUAUUACUACUACUAGUUGCUUGUAGUGUUUCUAAAUUUCUUUCAAAAUAUUCUAUGUUGUACAACAAAUUAUUCUAAUUUCAAAGGGAAAAAGUGCAUAGGAAACACACAUUUAAAAUAAUACAAAACAGCUCAGCAGUGCAUUAAAAAUACACAUUGGCUUGAGACUUAUCAAGUUUCAGCUAAGUAAAGUGCAGGUGAAGGCACUUAAUUUCACGUUGCUAAUACUCAGCGUGCAGAACUAUAAUUAGCACCAUGAGAAAAGUGAACAUGUGCUAAGAUAACAACUUUGCACAAAACCAUACAUCAAUACCACAGUAAUGUGACAUGAACCUUUAAAGAACAUUUCAUUUAAAGUGCAGCAGACUCAGUGCCAAUUGUUUUAGCCUCGGAAAAGGCACUUUCAUUACAAAACGGCUAGCGGAAGUUAGCAUCAGAGCUAGCGGCAAGUAGCAUGCUAUGCUAGCGCACGUGUACUGCCUGGGACUUACCAUGUGAAGCAACAAAUGCUACACGGGGCUUCACAGUGCUCACGCUGGCUCACGGCCUCUGGAAUACGGUAUCACGCUUACUAUUUCCACCAAAAACAGGACUUUUGCUAUCCAGCUAGCUUCUUCACCACACGGGUACACGGACCUUUCACCGUCUGUGUCUCUGGCGUAUCUGACUGGCACACGAAGGCACACACAGGUGUCUGAGCAGCGCACACAGACUGGGGGAGGGUCAGACUCGCCACUGAUUGGUUGCUCAGUGGAUCUAACAAACACACUCCACAGGACUAAGUCCUGCCCCCACACCAUUUAUAUAUUACAUAUACAUACUUACAUAUUAAUUAAAGUUAUGUUUACAUGCUUUUUAUUCGUAUUUAUUAUAUUUAACUUCUUUUUAUCCAUAUUUAUACCCAUUGUGAGAAUAUGAAUAUUUAUACUUUUAAUCCCUUUUUUAACACUAGGUUACACUUAGCUAAUGCUUAUACUAUUUUUCCUUCAAUUUUAACAAUGUGAUGUGUGUUACCGUUAAUAACUAUUACUAAUUUAGAUGGCGCCGGUGAGGUCGGCUGCCGUCACGACUGCUCCUACCACCUUUUCUUUGUUUUUGUUUUUUAAGUUAGUUUUCAGCGUUUUUAAAUUGGCAAAAUCAUCACCAUUGGGUACAUUAGGUAUGACAGUGACACUCUUGUUUCUAUUGGUAUACAAUGUACUCACAAUUCAAAGUUUUUAACUCCGGAUCCGAGCUGGCCGAGUGAGAUCUUGAGGGAGAACAAAGGACGAGACGCGAAGCGGCGGCCUCGAGGGAAACGAGCCGGCGUCAAGAACAGGCUGAGAGCUCGUGCACACCGCACACCUCUGCCUAGCAUCCUGCUUGCCAACGUCCAGUCACUGGAGAAUCUUGAUGACCUCAGGGCCAGGAUAAAGUUCCAGAGAGACAUUCGGGACUGCAAUCUCCUCUGCUUCACCGAGACAUGGCUGAACCCAGCGGUGCCGGACCACGCUAUCCAGCCGGCCGAGUUCUUCUCGGUUCACCGCAUGGACAGGACACGGGACUCGGGGAAGUCAAGGGGAGGCGGUGUGUGUUUAAUGGUGAACAACAAUCGGUGCCACAGUGCGAACGUUGUUCCUCUCACACGCUCCUGCACACCAAAUCUGGAACUACUGUCCAUCAUGUGUCGUCCUUUUUAUCUACCUCGAGUUUACAUCGGUCAUUACCCAGUAAACACCAGUAUGUGGGCCCCACAUGGGCUAUGGGGGUUCCAAGUGGGGAUGGGCUUACAAUGGGCAUCCAAUCUGGGACCCACCUAGGUUAGCCAUGUAGGACCCACCUGAGCCAGCCCAGAUGGGGUAUGUUCUAUGGGCACCAUAUGGGUAAUAUAUGGGAAGUUGCAUGAACAAGCAACUGAGUUUAACGACCUUAGUUAAGUAUAAUUAUUAGUCAUGUGUAAGUAUAAACAUGAAUUAAGAUGAAAUAACUGAUAAUAAAUUAUGCCAGAGGCAGCAUAUGUAUAUUUAAUUAAUAACAAAAUAUACAUGUAAAAUAUAUUAAUAUAAGUGAAACACAAAGAACAGAUGUGACUUCAAAUUGUAAGACGCUUAAUAAAAUAAAAUAAAUGGUUUUACAUUUGAGUGGGAAAAAAAUUUCACUCCAUGUAGGAGUGAUUUUCGAAAUCUCGCGUUAUUUCAUGAAAUAUCACGAGGUUUUCUCAAACCCGUCCCCACCCCCUCCAUUCGGGAACAUUCUUCAUUUCGCGCCUUUGGACAAAGCUGACCGUUAAGCUGGCAAUUUUUGGAUUAAGUGCAUCUUUGAGCUACGGACUUAUUUUCUGCAAUAAAGCAUGCUACCAUUUGCAGUUGUUGAUUUUCUGGAUGGUGGAGGUGUAUCCAUAAUUCCUUGCAAGUGGUUUACAGGACCAGCGGAAGAUUCUUGUUUCUGGCCACCAGGGAGAGUCAAUAUCAAUAAGGCUGUAAAGGAUGGAGUUACUCCAGAUGCAAACUGGUCACAGUACAGAGUUCGCAUCUUGGGGAAAGCUGAAAAAUACGAAAAUGCCAGGGUGAAACUGCGGAGGUCUGAAGCAACCUCUGAUCUGCAGACUGAGUCGGAUUCUGGAAGCAGAUUGGGAAAAGGGAAGCGGAAAAGGAGGCCAGUGAUCCAGUCAAGCUCAGAUGAGGAUUGGGACAACGCUGCGGAACAGCCAGAGAACUCAUCACCAUCAGCAAUGGAGAAUAGACAUUCAAGUGAAACUCCCCACCAGAACAUCACUCAUCCAUUUGUUCGGCUACCACCACCCUCAACUCCUUCACAAGCAGUUCCAAGACAACUUGUACAAGCCACCAAUACCAGCAUGUUUGUACAUGUUCUCUCUGGUUUGCAGCAUACUUGAAGACGUAGGAGGUCAAACAACCUGAUCAGCCCCACCUUCAAAACAACUCCAGUAGUAUUUCAAAUCUGAUGUUAUUUGUGAAAAAAUGCACUUUUUUUCCAAGACCAAUGGAUCAGUAAAUGAGUGAGAAGCUGUGUUUCAGUGCAUUUUGUUUUCUUUUAAACUGUAUAACAUUGAUUUGCUAUUGUUUUGUGUAUACUAGGGACCUUUUUUGUCAACUUGUUCUCUAAACAAAAAAAUUAUUUGUAUAGUAUAUUAAUCAGUAUUGUAAAAUAAAAAAGAAUAACUGACUUUGUUGUACAGGUGAUUUAAAUUUUAGCUUACUGUAUUAUCCAAAAUCCCAUCUGGGCAAGCACACUUGGGGCCACCAUGGAAACUGCGGACAAAAGUAGCUGGGUCCCAGGUGGGUAACCCAAAUGGGCCCCAACUAUCAGACCCACUCCUACCCAUCUGGGUCCCACACUUGUUUUUUGGCUGGGCCUGAUUUGGGGCCCAUCCAGGGCCCGUCAUUAACCCAUCUGGGCAAACACACUUGGGGCCACCAUGAAAACUGCGGACAAAAGUAGCUGGGUCCCAGGUGGGUAACCCAAAUGGGCCCCAACUAUCAGACCCACUCCUACCCAUCUGGGUCCCACACUUGUUUUUUGGCUGGGCCUGAUUUGGGGCCCAUCCAGGGCCCGUCAUUAACCUAUGUGGGCAAACACAUUUGGGGCCACCAUGGAAACUGAGGACAAAAUUAGCUGGGCCCCAGUUGGGUUUCCCAAGUGGGCCCCAAAUAUUAGCCCUGCUGCUCCCUAUUUGGGCCCCACAUAUGUGUGUUGACUGGGUAUAAGUGUCGUUUAUAUUCCACCACAAGCGGACACGGUCACUGCCUUAUGCGAGCUGCAUGAGGCACUCACACAGCACCAGACACAACACCGGGACGCCACGCUUGUUGUGACAACCUCAAACACACAGCGCCGAACUUUCAUCAACAUAUCACCUGCCCCACCAGAGGUGAAAGGACACUGGACCACUGCUACACUACGGUCAAGGACGGCUACAAGGCACAGUCUCGCCCUCCGUUUGGCAAAUCCGAUCACACCGCUAUCUUCCUCAUGCCAAAAUACAAACAAAGGCUGAAACAGGAAGUUCCGGUUCAGAGGAAGGUCGCGCGCUGGACGGACCAAUUGGUAGCCGCGUUACAGGACGCACUCGACGACGCGGACUGGGACAUGUUCAGAAACAGCUCUGAUGAUGACGUCAACGUGUUUACGGAAGCGGUUGUGGGAUUCAUCGGGAAACUAGCGGAUGAUACCGUGGAGACAAAGACUAUCACAAUGUUUCCCAACCAGAAGCCGUGGGUGGAUAAAACCAUCCGCGACGCUCUGAGAUCCCGCACCGCUGCCUACAACAUGGGACUCGCGACGGGGGACAUGGACCCGUACAAAGCUGCGUCAUAUGACGUGCGGAAGGCGGUGAAAGAGGCAAAGCAGCGCUACGGGAGGAAACUAGAGUCACAACUCCAACGGAGUGAUUCUAGGAGCCUGUGGUGGGGAUUAAGGACAAUAACGGAUUAUAAAGCACCACCAACCAGUAUGACGAACGCGGAGGUGACUCUGGCAGACGAGCUGAACACUUUCUAUGCUCGCUUCGAGGCUGCAGCUAAAGACGCUAACGAUGCUAAAGGCUGCAGACAGGAAGAUACUGCCAACACCGGAAACAUGCUCGUCAUCUCCGAGCAUGAUGUGAGGAGAGCCUUCAAGAGAGUGAACACCAGGAAAGCAGCAGGACCAGACGGGAUCCCAGGUCGUAUCCUCAGUCACUGCGCAUACCAGCUAGCUCCUGUGUUCACUGAGAUAUUCAACAUCUCUUUAUCUCAGUCGGUGAUCCCCAAAUGCUUCAAGGAGCCCAUCAUUGUUCCUGUCCCGAAGAAACCCCACCCUGCUUCUCUCAAUGACUAUCGCCCUGUAGCCCUCACCUCAGUAGUGAUGAAGUGCUUUGAACGCCUGGUCAGAGACUUCAUCAUUUCUUCACUACCAGACACACUGGACCCACUACAGUUCGCUUACCGUCCAAAUCGUUCCACAGACGAUGCCAUCUCUCAUCUCCUCCACACAUCACUUACUCACUUGGACACUAGAAGGGGGAAUUCCCAGAUAGCAAGACGACAUUGAAUCUAUGUUGAUUUUUCAUCCAAACCGUCGUAUAUGGUCGGGGUUGAAAUGCCAAUGUUGUAACAACAUUAAAAUACUGUGGUAAACCGACGGUCUUACUAUAGGGACGUUGUAACAAUGUUGAUUUACCGUUGUUUUUGUGUCAUUGAUAUUUGAUCUAUUUGUAGUCGACCAGGUGACAACAACAACGUCAAGAAAACAUCUAUUUAUAGUUGACGAUCAUUCGGCUCCGGUCACCAUCAAAAACCAUAG